AAGAGUCAGCUAGAGCUACAUAUUCAAGGGCUAGGGUUUUGAAUUCCAAGUCUUGUAAAUAUUAAUUAUUAUUACCGAUGCUUAUCUGAUUUUAUUCCUAAAAAAGAUAUUGAAACUGAAACAUCAAAAGUCAUUUUAUAAGACGACACUAAAAUUCCUAAUCACUGUUUCUUGAUCAUUCACAUAGAAUUGAUAAGGAAGACAGCUAAGCUACGAAAGAUGAAGGGAAGUGAUAGUUUUGAAGGCUCUAAGUCAAGCUAUUCUGACGAAAAAGUUGGACAAGAUGAAGGUGAUGAGGAGGAGGUGGAUGGAAUUAAUUUUAAAUCAAAAAAUGAAGGACAGAGCACAAGCAACAGCUCAAUUGAAGAAAAUAAAAAGAAGGCAGCUAAUGGAUCCUUUCGGCAAUAUAUUCGUUCUAAGAUGCCAAGGCUCCGAUGGACGCCGGAUCUUCAUCUUUGCUUUGUUCAUGCUGUUGAAAGACUAGGAGGACAAGACAGAGCAACACCAAAGCUUGUUCUUCAGAUGAUGAAUAUUAAAGACCUUAACAUUGCUCAUGUGAAAAGCCAUCUUCAGAUGUACAGAAGCAAGAGGAGUGAGGAUCCCGGUCAAGGCCAAGGGCUUUUAUUCGAAGGCGGGGAUAACCCUAUCUGCAACCUUAGGCAACUUGCCAUGCCACAAGAUUUCAAUCAAAGAUCUCCUUUCAAUUUAAGAUAUGGAGAUGCUUCUUGGAUAGGUCAUGACCACAUGAUGUGCAGUGCUUAUAUGGGAGGAACUGCACUCAAUAGAGUCAAACAUGGACUGUAUGGCUCAGAAAUUGGAUGUAACAAUCACAAUUCACUUAAUUAUGGUUCGAGUGUCCACAUUCCUUCUCUGAAUGGGAAAGUUACAGGUAGAACUCAUCAAUCUCUUGAAGCGGUCCAGUUGUUCCAAGUAUCCCAACAGAAUGAAAGUACACCCAGCUCAAUGGAGUCCGAUUUCAUAACCAAGUUGCAAGAGAGAUCAGGAAUAUUAGAUCAAGUGGAUUUUUUGAACACCUCUAGUUGCGCUGACAGAAAUUGGAGAACAAUUCAAGAAAUGCAAAAGGGUUUAAAGAGAAAGACUUUGGAUCCAGAUUGCAACUUGGAUUUGAACUUGUCACUGAAACUAGCAACAAAAGAUGAUGAUGAACUUGAAAAGUUUGUGGAAGGUUGUGAAGUUGAUGGUACUUUGUCUCUUUCGUUGUCUUCAUCUUCAUCCUCAUCCUCAAAGCUUGGCGGAUCGAUGGAAGGAGAUGGAAGUGGGAAACAUGCAAGGAUGGCAAGUACUCUAGAUCUGACUUUAUGAAUGAGACAAUUCUAAGUGAGAUCUUGAGGUACUUACUUUUGCAGUAACAACAUGCUUAAAGAUAAUUUCCUUACCUGCAUACAAGGUAAUAGUAUUCAUUAUUUGAUCUUUUGUUGUUGUUUUUUUGUUAAUUUGCUUUGUAUGCAAAAUCACAAGCUAGUUGUAGGCUCUAGUUGGUGUUACCAAUGAAUAGAUGAGUAUUUUUAGCAUUACAAAGCAUGCACAUUGGGUUCUGGGAAUUGUUUUCUGAUCAGUGAAUAUAUGUAUGUAUGUAUGUAUGUAUAGGUCUCCAAUAAUUUAGCAA